AUGGAUACUGAAGAUAACGUCACUGUCACUCACUCACUCACGGCGCUACUGCCACGAUACGCAAGUACGGGACACGUGGCGGACAUUCAAAACAUAAAGGUGAUGGCGGGUGGUCGAACCUUGUUGUGGCUGGCCGUCGGGAAAAUCAAACAGAUCCGGGUAGCCGGUGGCUCACACACGGCGGCACUGGAGGCGGAUGACGCUGGCGAUAGGCUGCUCGAUCGUGAAGGUGAUACACGGAUAGAACCUGGCAGGAAAUUCGACCUCUCACGGUGGCACAAGUGUAAAUCUCGGAGGCUCUCGCUCAUGGUGGUCGUCGGAAAGGAGGGCUGCUGUUCGUGA